GUCUCAGACACUUUUGGCAGCUAGCUAGUGUGGAUAGAUCAGGACCAGGCAGGGAAGCAGACAUGACAACUGUGGGAGAACUGAUGCUGCUGGUGCUGGGGCUGCUGGUGACAGCUCAUUGUGAGGUCAGGGCCAGAGAUCCAGAGGUGGAGGAAGAGGACCCAGACCUGCCUCUGGAGAGAGAAGGCUUGGAUCCCCAGGGGAUGAGGGUAGGAGUCCAUCCUGAACCUGGGGGGAUUGACAUUCCCCACCUCAGGACAGGACCCCGUGGCCACGAACCUGAUGUGCCUGGAUCUGCCCGCCACCCUCUGGGGCAUGGGCCACAUGGACAACCCCAUCAGGUUGGUCCUGGACAAAACCCCCUGGGUCUGCUGCCCGAGAAGAGUGCUCCCCCACCAGGAGAGGGAGGGAGCUACCCAGCCCGCACUGGGAACUGGUGUGCAUUCGUGCACCGCCGCAUUGUCACCACGGCUGUCUCCUGUGGCACAGAGGAAUACACCAUCAAGUCUCAGAGCCCCUGUCCCAACGGCACACCUGACUGCCAGCUUGUCAUGUACAAGCUCUCUACCCGGCCAGUGUACAGAUUAAACCAGAAGAUCUUCACCGCCUUGUUGUGGAGGUGCUGCACGGGACAUGGAGGGGAGAACUGCGAGGAAACGGUAGCUGAUGGCCAUAUAUCUGACUCUGCAGACCCCACAAUGGCAGGACGACCACAUCCAGGAGACACUGAGCCUCACCACACAGGCGCUCAGUCUCGACUCCCCCACCGUCCUGAGUGGGAGCAGAAUGACUUCCAGGUGUCUGAGAAUCCUCUGUACGAGAGCCAUCCCUCAGAGGCUGACAACAACAACGACACACACACAGAUUCCCGAGAGCCCCCCUCAUACCCUCGACAGGCCCAGGAGCACAUCCCUCACCAUGGCGAUGACCACCCCCACCACCCGCACCCAUACCCCAACCACCGCCUGCAGGAUUUCGAUAAUGGAGACCCAAUCAGGAGUGAGGUGGAGGCUGUCACUCUACAGCCCUACGCAGACUCCCUGUCUCCCAUCCCUCUGCCCCACAUGAUGGCCCUGCUGAUGUCCCAGCUCCAGCCCGUGUUGGAUGGCUUCAACCACACCUUGGAGCGCCUGACCUUGGAGGUCGGGGGUCUGUCCCAGGAUGUGGCCCAGCUCCGGAGCUCUACGUGGGAGGUAAAGGAGGAGGCCCUGCGGGGUGCAGGUGCCGGAGAGGGUCCUGAGGCCUUUGAGGCUAAGCUGGAGCAGAGUUUCCAGGACAUCAAGGAGGUGAGGAGGGAACUGGAGAGACAGAGAGCGGAGAUGGCGGAUAGGCUACACUCCCAGCAUGCCAUGCUGCACUAUAACAUCACCAACUUCAAGAAAGACAUCGACGCCAAGAUCAAACACAACGACAAGACGUUACAGGUUAAUCUCGAGUCCCUGAAUGCCACCCUGUCAGACAUGAAGCUCGAGCAGGAGCAUCUGAGUGAAGAGCUCCAGAGGGACCUGACCAGCCCAGGGGACAGGAGAGAGACCACUCAGGCCCAGCACUUUCCAGAGGACUCGGCAGUGUGGGAGUCUAUCGCUCGUCUGGACAACAAGGUGGUCAACAACACAGUGAGGGUGAAUGCCCUGGUUGAAGACUUGGAGAUAGCCAAUGACAACGUCCUGGACCUGAAGAGGGGCUUCCGAGGCCUUGAGGAAAACAUUGCCCAAACGUGGAGGAACAGCCAGAUCCAGUUCAUGGAGACGGGCCUGGAGGUGGAAGCGGCUAAAGUAGCCGUGCUGAACCGCGUCAAUGAACUGGCCAACAACCUGACCAUCCACUCGGAGCAGCUGCAGGAGAUGGAGACUGACAUGGACUACCUGUACACACAGUUCUACAAGAACGUCAGCUCUGCCAGAGACUGUGACUGCAAGGCAUUCACCGCCACCAUCUCCCGCUUGGAGCAGGGACUGACCAACGUCACAGAGCUGGCCAACGACAACCGGCUGGCCCUGGAUGGGAGUCCCGAUGCUGGGUCGGAGCGCUGGAGUCCCUCUGUGGAGGACAUCUACCAGGGGUUGGAUCACGUCAAGGCCUCCCUGGCCUUUGAGCAAGAGAAGAGCAGGACUCUCCACCACAACGUGACCCAGCUGCUGGCCUCCUUUCUGGGCAUCCAGAGUGACGUGCUCAGUCUGCGGGAGAGAGACGAGUGGUUGGCGGGUGAGAUGCGUCACCUCUCCAGCUCCUUCUUUUCUCUUUUGAACGAUGCCAUGCGCCACACCGACGUGCUGGAGAUGCUCCUGGGAGAGGAGGUGAUGGGGUUUAUGGACUGGCCCCUAAGCAACCAGGAGGCCCACUCCAUCCCUGCACUGCAGGAGAGGCUCCGCCACAUGCAGGAACAGAUCAGGGGCCAGAACAUCAGUCUCACCUCCCUGCUGGAGGCCACCCGGGCAGAAGAGUUCCUGGCCUCAGACGAGCCCUCUGUGCUGGUAGACUUGGCCUCCCGCGGCCUGAAGAGGAGGAGUGGAGACCAGAGGAGUGACCACCUCGUGGUCUCAGCAGCCUCUGAGGACCGGCAAGACUACUCUGACAGUGACCUGUGGAGCCUUGAGAAAGCAGUGAAGGAGCUGGGGGAGAAGGUCCACAGGCUGGAGUACAGGCCUUGUACUGCCAGCUGCAACAACACCAAAGUUAGCGCCAAACUGCAGGCAGAGGUGGCCUGGCUGAGGAGGAGUUUAGAGAAUCAUUUGAGUCUCUUCAAGAACGUCUUCAGUAACUCAGAGGGACUGGCCGACUCAGAAAGCACCCUGGACUUGGACCAGCUGUGGGCCCUGAUGAAGAGGAAGGAGGGGAAGAGACAGAGGAAGCGCAAUAACAACAAAGAGGGAAUCAAAGACCAUAUUGGAAAGAGAGAUAACCUUCGCAGCAGGAGGGAUACAUCAGUGCUAUCCAAGCUGGGGGACAGUACCCUUAUGUUUCUGGCCAGAAGCAUACAGCGCAGCAGACCAAGUGACAGCAGCCUCCUGGUGUUUGAGGACACAUCGCUAAACCUGGGCCAGAUGUACUCAACUCACACUGGGAUGUUCCAAGCACCUUUGGCAGGAAUCUACCUCUUCGCGCUGACGCUGAACUUUGAACCUGGCCCCUCGCUGUCUGGGCUGAGGAGAGAGAACAGGGAGCUGGCUGCCACUCUGCAUCAGGACAAGAUGGCAUCGUAUGGUCCCGUCACCCGUGUGUGUCUCCUACAGCUGCAGCAGGGAGAGGAGCUCCGGCUUGAACUGUAUGAGGGGACUCUGGUGACCGAUGACCCCAAAGACAACGCCUUCGCUGGGCUUCUGCUCUAUCAGACCACCUGAGGAUGCCGGGGCUGCUCUGUAUAGUCAGAGGAGAGAUGUUGGCCUGAGAGCAAUCAAUCACUAGACUGACAGCUACUAUGCCACCUGCGUUUCAAUCUCUUACAUUGAUAUUGGGAGGGGGAGUAUGUAGAAGGUUCAGGGAGUAUAAAACAUUUGUCAUAUAGUAUACCAUUUUGAGCAUUGCAACGCAACUUCCCUGAAGUUAUUCUAGGUAGUUAUAAGGGAAACAGGAACAUUCUAGACCAUAAAACAAUAUUUUAUAGAAACUCUGGCUUUCAGAAUAUAAAGGUGGGCUUCUUUAAGAUAUCACACUCCCCUCCAUGCUACCACAACGCUGCCCUACCAAGCAAAAAGGUAGUAACUGCUCAUUUGGUCCAAAAUUCUCAUUUUUGCUAUAUCCAAAUACAUGCUUAAUCACGUGGACAAGUAUCCUGCCUCGUAUUGUGUUUUGGAGAAAAUGGGGGUCAUGUUAGCAG